UCAUCCAUGUUUUGUAUGCACAGUUACAUGGAGAAAGGAUAUUAAAGAUCAAGACGUUGAAGAAUCCAUCAAUGGUGCAGCACCUGGCAAGAUAAGGGUAGUUUCUGUUUCUAAGGUAUCUCGCGAGUUUCAUCCUAAUUUCUCUGCAAAGUGGAGACGCUAUUUAUAUAUAUUGCCCUUGAAUAAUGAAACCGAGGGGAACCACACAAGUUUGUAUAAGAAGAAUAUUGUGGAUAGUGCUGUUUGUCGACAUGGUCGUGGUGAUCAGAGUAUUGAUGAGGCAAGUAAUGGAUAUGCAGUUGAGGUUGAUGACAAAGAAGAUGAAGAAACAGGAAAUAAAUCAUCUAGGUUUCUUGUAAGCAGUGUUAACCAUCUUCUACAUCAAUUGGAAGGAAAAUUACUAUCCUACAGGAUGUUUGCACGAGACACUAAAGCCUCACGAAAUAUGUAAGUCAGAGGUCUCUGGAAUUAUUGUAUAUUGGCAAACACCUAUUGUUUUAUCUUCAUCGCAAUUCUGAUAGGCCAACUGCAUCUGAGGUCAUAGAUUAGAUGACAAUAAGUGAUUUUUCAUAUAUAUUAUUUUGUUCUUAUGCCGGUGACUCUUGCCAGUGUGUCAAUUGAAGCUUCAGAUGGGAAUUCUUUUACAAGGGUAAAUCAUUGCAUGCACAAUUGCGCAUUUGGCUACAUUGCAUACAGGAGGAGUAUAGACCUCUCUCUGGAAGCAUGUUCUAAAAUGACCGGGGCUUGAAAUAGGCUCUCAUACUUUCUUGUACCAGCCGAUACGUUAUGAAUGGCUGGUAUCAUAUCCACUUGGACCGUCAUAGGUUAAAAUGAGUGGAAAAGACGUCACAUUGGCUUUGCUUAGUUAUUGCGCUAUAAUUUUUUUAAAACUGGU